UGGGUAUAAAAGAGCCGGAGUGGGACGGGCCUGAACCAGCACAGCUCUGCAACUCUACCCCCACCACGGGCGCCGCCACCAGCCGAACCUCUGCAGAAUGGGCCGGAUCAUUUUCUACGAGGCCAAGAAAUUCCAGGGCCGUCGGUAUGAGUGUGACAGCGACUGUUCGGACUUCCAUGCCUACCUGAACCAGUGUAACUCCAUCCGCGUGGAGAGCGGGGCCUGGGUGGUCUACGAGAGGCCCAACUUCAUGGGCUACCAGUAUGUUUUGACCUGGGGCGAGUAUCCAGAUUACCAACGCUGGAUGGGUCUGAACGACCGUCUCUGCUCCUGCAAGAUGAUCCACUUCAUGUUCUUUCCACUCCAGGUAAGCGGUUCUGAGUACAAGAUUCAACUCUACGACAAGGGAGAUUUCGCGGGCCGGGUGUACGAGACCACCGAGGAUUGUCCAUCCGUGGUGGAGCGCUUUCGGACACGCGAGGUUCACUCCUGUAAGGUGCUAGACGGGAUCUGGAUCUUCUACGAGCACCCAAACUACAGGGGGCGCCAGUACCUACUGGAGAAGGGGGAGUACCGUAAACCCGUGGACUGGGGUGCCGUCUGCCCCACGGUUCAGUCCUUCAAACGCCUGACGGUGUGACAUCUGACUUGUAAAUCCAUCCAUCUGCAGUCCUCCUUUACCUCCAAACCACCCAACCAUAACAGCACUGACACACCUGUGCUGAAUCAAUAAAUGUGUGGUUGCAAAUGAAA